AUGAGAUCUUGUUAUUCUCACAAAGGAGUAAGUCCCGGAAAGCAUCCUGCUCGAUGCGCCAAUUGCGACAAAAUAGGAAAAGAAGAUAUUCAGUCUGUAAAUAACGGCAUGUAUUCUGACUGCACUCUAUGCGGUAUUAUUCAUAAAGACCCACACAAGCAGACAUUAUAUCCCUUACGACCAGAUCAGUACAGAGAUAAUUAG